AUGUUUUAGUUAGAUUUGUCUCAUGAAAAAAUUGUGCAAAAAUGCCUUCCAUAAAAGCACUCUUCAAUUUAGAAGGUGACAACAUUGAAAUAUUGUCAAGUCCAGAAGAGUUUUAUGAAACUUUGAUUUCGAAUGUCAACCAAGCUCAGAAAAGAAUAGUCCUUUCGUCUCUGUACAUCGGAACUGGAAGCAAGGGAGAAGCAUUAGUCAAACGAAUUGGUCAGAGACUAAGAGAAGUUCCAUCAUUACAGGUGGAUCUCAUUUUCGACUUCAAUAGAUCAAUGCGUGUUAAUCAAACUUCACGAACACUGUCGAAGUUUUUGGACUUGGAAAAAGUGAACUGCAAUUUAUACCAUACGUCAUACCUGAAUUAUCAUAAAAAAGUGCUAGCUCCCAAAAGGUGGGAUGAAAUAUUUGGUGUUUUUCACAUUAAAACGUAUAUUCUUGAUGAUAUUUGCAUUUUAUCAGGAGCUAAUUUAAGUGAAGAGUAUUUUACGAACCGUCAAGACCGUUACAUUGUCAUACACGACAGAAAGUUUUGCGAUUAUUUACAAAGUUUGAUGAAGAAAGUCGGCGAAUUCUGUUUUCGAUUGAAACCAGAUGGAAAAACGACGUAUCCUAGUAGACUUCCGUUACCAUGGAAACAACCGAAAAACUUCCGAAUUGAAAGUGGAAAAGUUCUGAAAGAUUUCGAAUUCGAGUCAACUUGCAAAGUGACUGAAAAUACUAAUUCGAACUCAUCAGAAAACGAAGCAAACGUCAAAUCUGAUACGACAAUUGAAGCAUAUUUGCAGGCGCCCGAGCAAAAUAUUCAUACAUACUCAGAACGAAUGCAACAAUUUAUUAGGAGCAUUUCGCAAAAUGACAAAUUGUAUUUUGCCUCUGGAUAUUUCAACCUAUCUGAAAGUCUCUUGCGUGGAAUUUUGAACUGCCGUGCACAGAGCGUGCAUAUAUUGGCAUGCUCACGGGAGUGCAAUGGGUUCAGAAAUGCAUCGGGUGCUGCUGGGUAUGUGGCAGACAUGUAUGAAUGCAUUCUAAGGAAAUUCGUUAAUCAGUUGCGUGGAAACACCAAUAAAGAUAAAUAUCAAGUGUUCGAGUACUUCCGCAAAAACUGGACAUACCACGCGAAAGGAAUGUGGAUUUACAUUCCGGCAGAAUCAAACCCUAAACAGUUCAAUUGUUCCUCGACUCUGAUUGGCUCUUCGAAUUUCGGGAUGCGUUCUCAAUUCAGAGAUUUGGAGCUGCAGUUUCUAAUUCGAACCAAAAACUCUAAAUUGCAAAUUAAACUGGACGAAGAACGAAAGAGGUUGUUCAAAUAUAAGAGAAAAUUUGAUCCUAAAAGUGUGAAAUACCCUUUCUUCAUGCCGGCUUUGUCAAAGUUGAUCAAAUCGUUCUUUUAGCACUGAUGAAGUGGCUGAAAACUAUAAUAUUUUGUACUUAUGAAUAUUUUGAUACAUUUAACUUUCAUAAUGAUAAAAA